AUGCCCUUCUCCUCCCUCCAUUUCCACAUCUCCCAAUCCAACUCCUCACUCAGCUCAUCACCCCCCAACCAACCAUUCGCCAUGGCUCCCAGAAUCGCUAUCAUCUACUACUCCAUGUACGGCCACAUCAAGCAGAUUGCUGAGGCCGAGAAGAAGGGCAUCGAGGAGGCCGGCGGCUCUGCCGAUCUCUACCAGCUCGAGGAGACCCUCCCCGAGGAAGUCCUCGGCAAGAUGUACGCUCCCCCCAAGCCCACCGACAUCAAGGUUCUUUCCGACCCCGCCACCCUCACCCAGUACGAUGCCUUCCUCUUUGGCAUUCCCACCCGUUACGGUAACUUCCCCGCCCAGUGGAAGACCUUCUGGGACAAGACCGGCCAGCUCUGGGCCACCGGUGCUCUCUACGGAAAGUACGCUGGUAUCUUCGUCUCCACUGCCGGUCUCGGUGGAGGCCAGGAGACCACUGCCAGCAACGCCAUCUCCACCCUCACCCACCACGGCAUUCUCUACGUCCCCUUCGGCUACGCCAAGGCCUUUGGCCAGAUGUCUGGCUUGACUGAGGUCCGCGGUGGAUCCGCCUGGGGUGCUGGAACCCUCGCCGGUGCUGACGGUUCCCGCCAGCCUUCGGCCCUCGAGCUCGAAAUUGCUCAGAUCCAGGGCAAGUCCUUCUACGAGACCGUCGCCAAGGUCAACUUCGCGUGACUCAAUGGCGGUGGAAACGGGGACGCUGUGGAGAAGGAAGAGCCCGCUGCGAAAGCGGUAGAGGCGGAUAACAAGACAAAGGAUACUGCUGCUGCGCCAGGCUCGGGCCCGCAGGAGCAUGAACCAAAGGAUAAAGAAGGGCCAUGCGGACUGCCUGCGAAAUGCACGGUUCAAUGAUCCCACUACAAACGUAUUGAACAAGUACACAUAACGAAACUAAUGCAAUUCAAACAAACUUUUGGAACAUGAGCGAUCGUACUGCUCUUGUAGUGAUGUGGUUGCGUCGUCUGAAUUCCCCAUGCUCUCAUCUCCGCCCCACCAUGGAAUCAAGUAUUCCGCGGGGUAAGUAAACCGCAUAGAUUGGUGGACGUAGAGCGUAGCCCAUUGGCCAAUGCACCUUUCUCUGGUAUCAUGCGUGAUCAAGGACUCCAAUGGCACCUCCUC